AUGUACCUUGUCACUGUACUGGGGAACUGUGGGCUCCUCUAUCUCAUUCAUCUGGAGGCAUCCUUACACUGGCCCAUGUAUUAUUUCUUGGCCUUACUCUCUUUCACUGACAUUGUUCAGUGUACAAGUAUUGUACCCAAAAUGUUGAGUAUUUUCUGGUUUGAUCACAAAGAGAUCAGCUUCAACGCUUGCCUGGUGCAGAUGUUCUUUCUCCACAUGUUCACAGGGAUGGAGUCUGGGGUGCUCAUGUUGAUGGCCCUGGACCUCUAUGUGGCCAUCUGCUACCCUCUGCACUAUACCACUGUCCUCACCAAUUCUAUCAUUGCCAAGGCUGGGUUUCUCACCUUCAUUCGAGGUGUGAUACUCAUCAUUCCCUUUACAUUGCUUACCAAACACCUGCCUUACUGUAACGGUAAUAUAAUUCCCAACACCUACUGUGACCACAUGUCUGUAGCCAAGUUGUCCUGUGGAAAUAUCAAGGUCAAUGUUAUCUAUGGUCUGAUGGUUGCUCUCUUGAUUGGAGGCUUUGACAUCCUGUGCAUCACAAUCUCCUACACCAUGAUCCUCCGGGCAGUGGUCAGCCUCUCAUCAGCAGAGGCUCGGCAGAAGGCCUUCAGCACCUGCACUGCCCACAUCUGUGCUAUUGUCAUCACCUAUGUCCCAGCCUUCUUCACCUUUUUCACCCACCGAUUUGGGGGCCAUAUGAUCCCAAUAGCAUUCACAUUUUUGUGGCUAAUCUAUAUCUGCUUCUGCCACCCACCCUGA